UGAGCAAACGGCGACAACAUGGCGAACAAAAUGACCUCCAUGCCCAACUUUAAAACCUAUCGUACGAACGUGAAAAUUGGCAACUGGAACGAGGAGCAGAAUUUGGAAGAGCAUGUGAGGAGCAAGUACCUGGGUAAAAGAGAAAAGGGGGAGCUGACUGCACAGAGAGUCGACUUCCUCAAGCACAACAUCCUCAGUCCGGUGGAAUUGAGUGUGACCACAGAUGAUGCGCUGCACUUUGGAGAUGUUGUGAUGUUGGUGAACAUCGGUGUAGAUGGCAAAUGUUUUGCGCUCGGCAUCAACGCGUACAUUGAACACAUGACCAAGAUUCCUUCUCCUGGCAUUAAAGGUCCGUGUGGAGUCAGUGCUGGGAGAAACAUUCAGCCCAGUGUGCGCACGGCAUUCAUCAUUACCAGUGUAGAUGGCACUCCUGAAGGAGCAACUCUGCAUUAUGAGCAAAGUUUUGCCUUGAAAACAACAAGUGGCUUCGCCGGGGGUCUGUACCUGACAAGUGAUGUGCAGACAUUCCGGAAGUCCGCCCUUAGGUCUCGUCUCCAGGAAGUCAAUUUGGAGGAGAGCGAAUGCUUUCCAUCUUGGUGGAAGGUGGUGCACUUUGACCCCCAGGAGAGGCUCGAGCACGAGGGUCUGCCUGUACCCGCCAACGUCAACGUGGUCGUCCUCCACUGCAAGACAAACCAGGCUCUGGCUGUUAUGGAACAUCUAAUCCUUGGGACCACAUACGGCAAUGAGUACGAGGUGACCGCUCAUACUUUCUUGGACGCCCACAAAGCUGAAAAGUCCAACAACCACUGGAUCCUGUGCACCUCUGACCCAGCCGGGGAGGGCCUCCUGCUUCUCAAUCGCCUGAAGUCGGAGGGAAACUCUGUAUCGUUGCCCCGGGAUGACAGUCCAACAGAGUAUAUCACAUGUAGCAUAUGUAAUUAUCGGGAAAACAGGUGAUUUGUUUCUUUAAAAAAAAAAAAAAAAAAAAAGGUUCUAUGCUUGGAUGAUUCCCCCCAACUUUGCAUUUGUUUUUUGUUUUUUUUAAACACAGAUUUGUUCCCCAGGAAUGUUUGUUGCUCUAAGAAUUUGAUAUGUUUUGUCAAACACGGGGUGGUCAUCUAUUGUGAUUUUCAAAAAUAAUAAUAGAAAAUGUGAUAUGGAGGCCCAUGGUGAGGCAUGCUUCCAGCACACUGAAAAAAAACAUCCCUUUAGGGGUACAAUGGCCUGUCACUGGGGUGUUAGAGGUACUUUGAUACCCUUGACACUUGCUUGGAAAACCCGUCCUAUCAUGCUUUCCCAUGCAUAUUAGGUUACUUGCAGACUCUAAAUUGUCCAUAGGUGUAAAUAUGAGUGUGAAUGGUAGUCUGUGUAUUGUCUGUUCCCUGCAAUUGGCUGGUGACUGGUCCAAGGUGUACCCAGCUUCGAGGAAUGUUGUGGGUGAAUGGUCUAUUGUCAUCUACUCCAGCUCUGUACACACCUUGACGAAUCUGAGGGGUGUUUUUUUCUCCACAAUUUUCUGUCAGUCGAUGGCUUGAACCGGGAUCCCCAUGCAAUCUUAGCUACUUGGGUAUGGCUCAAUAAUGUUUUGAGACUCUAAAUUGAGCAAACUGGACAAAUUCCUUUUUGUGAUUGUGCAGCAGUGAUGAAAGGUUUAUGGCUGCAACUCAAUGACUCCAACUAAAUGUUGAGUGCAAUAGUGGUCUAAGUCCUAAACAACUCUGCCAAUAUUUCACAAAAGAGUGCAAUAACAGACUGCCCUCGUAUGUCAAAAAUGUAACAAAACCUUGGAUUAGACCAGUUUUCAUCUGAGAAUUGAGUUACUACAACCUAAUUAUUGGUGGCUCAAUAGCCCAUAGGUGAGAGUGGUUUUUAGUCUAUAUUUACCCUGUGCUAGCCUCUUGCCCAAAGUCACCUGGGAUAGGCUCCGGCUCACCCACCACCCGAAUGAGAACAAGUGCAAGGAUGGAUGCAUGAAUGGAUUUUUAUUAUGCUUUUUCUCACAAAUAAAUCUACUUUUGGGGGCCUCAACAUGACCCAAAACUCACAGACAUUUCCAAGGGUGUGUGUAUCCUCGUGAAAAUGUUGGUAUUUUAGGGGUCCUCAAGAGCCCCCCCCCCACACACACCCUCCGCCAUAAGACACAGUAGCGCCCCCUGGAAAGAAAAGAAAAUUGCCCUUGGGAAACCAGCUUCACCUUCCAUCCAUUCUCAACACAACUUAUCCUGUUCAGGGGCGGUGGAGUCUAUCCCAGCUGACUUCACGCGAAAGGCAGACUACACCCUGAACUGGUCGCCAGUCGGCAUUGGUUGGACCUUGGCGUCCUCUCCAUGCUUGCAUCUGGUCUUUGUUGGGUUUUUCCAUUGGUCCUGGGUCUCUGUAAUUGCAGUGGGAAUGCUGCACCUUCUGUCCCAAAACUAAAUGUAUCAAAAUGUGUUAUUUCUUCUACAGAGAGUAAAGCGAACAUUAGGCCUUUUUGAAAUAUUAACUGAAAAACUGAAAAAUGCAUUCCUGUGAAUUACUGAAGUCAUAUUAGCUGUAUCAACACUGUUUCUGAGAACUGUGUUGCAUGAUUUUGUGACUUUGAGGGGGUCUCAUGUUGAGAGCUUGGCUUCACAUGGGCAUUGUCAACAAACCGUGAAUCCGGAAUGUCCUGGGCUGGAAUAGCAGUUCAGAGCAGAUGUAAAGUAGUUCUUGUAAAAGUUGUACAAUUAAAUAUGAGUUCAAGCAUUUUUCAAUUUGCACAGUAAAUGGUAUGCAUAUUGACAAAUGUAACAUGGUCUAAUGUUCCAUUUUCUUCCCUUUCUGUACAGGAAUAACACAUUCAAAUACUUUUUUUUUUUUUUUUUCCCAUUUGAAAUAGAAUGAGCAGUGGUCCCUAUUUGUGUUUUUGAAAAUAAAAGCUAUUAUACAAAUGUUGAGCUUUUACUCAACUUUUAAACACAAUCCUCUAAACAUAACUAUACAGUAGCUGUCAAGAGUUAUACAAAUACUGCUUUGGAACCCUGCAAAUGUAUUAAAUGUGAAUGUAAUGUAACAUUAAAUGUACAGUUUAUACCACAACUGGCAUAAAUGAAAAGCAUCACCAAAAUCACAUUUUUAUUUCUGUAAUGAUUAAUUUGCCAGUAUGUAGACGAUCUUGAACCCAAAUGUACAUGUUCCUCUCUUGGUACUCUCCCAUAGGCUUUCUCUAGAUCUACAAAGACACAAUGUAGCUCCUUCUGACCUUCUCUGUACCUUUCCAUCAACAUCCUCAAGGCAAAUAAUGCAUUUGUGGUACUCUUUCUAGGCAUGAAGCCAUACUGUUGCUCGCAAAUACUCACUUCUGUCCUGAGUCUAGCCUCCACUACUCUUUCCCACAACUUCAUUGUGUGGCUCAUCAACUUUAUUCCUCUAUAGUUCCCACAGGUCUGCACAUCACCCUUGUUCUUAAAAAUGGGCACCAGCACACUCUUCCUGCAUUCCUCAGGCAUCUUCUCACGCACUAGAAUUCUAUUGAACAAGCUGGUCAAAAACUCCACAGCCACCUCUCCGAGAUGCUUCCAUACCUCCACAGGAAUGUCAUCAGGACCGACUGCCUUUCCAUUUUUCAUCCUCUUUAAUGCCUUUCUAACUUCGCCCUUACUAAUCAUUGCCACUUCCUGGUCCACCACACUUGCCUCUUCUACUCUCCCCUCUCUCUCAUUUUCCUCAUUCAUCAACUCCUCGAAGUAUUCUUUCCAUCUAUCUAGCACACUUCUUGCACCAGUCAACAUAUUGCCAUCUCUAUCCUUAAUCACCCUAACCUGCUGCACAUAGAUCCUUUUCUCCUUCUUUAGUGUCCAACCUGCCAUGCAUGUCAUCAUAUGCCUCUUGUUUGGCCUUUGCCACCUCUACCUUUGCCCUGUGUCGCAUCUCAAUGCAUUCCUUUCGCCUCUCCUCAGUCCUCUCAGUGUUCCACUUCUUCUUAGCUAAACUUUUUCCUUGUAUGAUUUCCUGUACUGUAUGGUUCCACCACCAUAUAACAGAUCGGGCCGUAUCUGGCCCGGAGCCUGGCCAUACUUUAGUCCAGUUCUCAUCUAAAUUCUUUGUUCAGGAGGGCUGCACGAUAUUGUGUUUGA